CUUGCGCCGGAAGUGAGCGGCUCGGCGCCGGAAGCGGCCGUCAGAGGCGGCCUCGUGGAGGAGACGGCGGUAUGGGGCAGCCGAAGCGGUCCCGGCACCAGAAGCGUGCGCGCGCCCAGGCGCAGCUCCACAACCUCGAGGCCUAUGCCGCACAGCCGCACUCGUUCGUGUUCACUCGGGGUCGCGCUGGUCGCGGCGUCCGGCAGCUCAGUCUGGACGUGCGGAGGGUCAUGGAGCCGCUCACCGCCACCCGCCUGCAGGUACGGAAGAAGAACUCGCUGAAGGACUGUAUUGCAGUGGCUGGGCCCCUGGGGGUCACACACUUCCUGAUCUUAAGCAAAACAGAGACCAACAUCUACUUUAAGCUGAUGCGCCUCCCAGGAGGCCCUACCUUGACCUUCAGAAUCAACAAGUACACCCUGGUGCGUGAUGUGGUCUCCUCGCUGCGCCGGCACCGCAUGCAUGAGCAGCAGUUUGCCCACCCGCCCCUCUUGGUGCUCAACAGCUUCGGCCCUCAUGGCAUGCACGUGAAGCUCAUGGCCACCAUGUUCCAGAACCUGUUCCCUUCCAUCAAUGUGCACAAGGUAAACUUGAACACCAUCAAGCGCUGCCUUCUCAUCAGCUACAACCCUGACUCCCAGGAGCUGGAUUUCCGCCAUUAUAGCAUCAAAGUUGUUCCUGUGGGCGCAAGUCGCGGGAUGAAGAAGCUUCUCCAGGAGAAGUUCCCCAACAUGAGCCGUCUGCAGGACAUCAGUGAGCUGCUAGCCACGGGCGCAGGGCUGUCAGAGAGUGAGGCAGAGCCCGAUGGUGAGCACAACAUUACGGAGCUGCCCCAGGCUGUUGCUGGGCGUGGCAACAUGCGGGCCCAGCAGAGCGCUGUGAGGCUUACUGAGAUUGGUCCGCGGAUGACCCUGCAGCUCAUCAAGAUCCAGGAGGGCGUCGGGGAAGGGAGUGUGCUGUUCCACAGUUUCGUGCACAAGACAGAGGAGGAGCUGCAGGCCAUCCUGGCAGCCAAGGAGGAGAGGCUGCGGCUGAAGGCCCAGAGGCAGGACCAGCAGGCCCACAACGUGCAGCGCAAGCGGGAGCAGCGAGAGGCCCAUAAGAAGAAGAGCCUGGCGGGCAUGAAGAGGAUGCGGGCAGAGGCUGAUGGGGACAGUGAUGCCGAGGACCCGGGGGCCCCGCCGGAGGCAGAGCCUGAGGGAGAGGAAGAUGAAGCUGAGUAUUUCCGCCAGGCGGUGGGCGAGGAGCCUGACGAAGACAUGUUCCCUGUGCUGACCAAGCAGAGACGGCCCACCAGGCCUCCACACAAGAAGCAGCGGGUGAAGGAUCGGAGGCCAGACCGAGACAAGGAUCAGAGGCCUCCAAAGCCCAAGGUCCGGUCCCGAGGAGCCCAGACCAAGCUGGGACCCAGAGGGGCUGCUCAGGGCCGUGUGCAGCGCCAGGCCCAACUGCCUAAGGCAGUAGCACUUAGGCAGUCAGGCAGCCCAGCAAUGAGGAAGGGAGGCAGGCGGAGGCGGUGCCCCAACCAGCCCUGCAGGCUGAGGGUGGGGCUGCUGGAAAGGGAGGGCCCAGCCUUGGUCCUGGUAACUCAGAGGAACUGGGGACAGCGUGGGGAGCAGACUGACCGGGUGCACACCAUGGCGGCCAGCACAGGUGCCCCACUCUGCCCAGACAAUUUCUCAGCAGCUGCAGAACAGGUCCUCAACAGUGUGCAAGAGAACUUCCUGUGGCCAGUGUUGGUGGCUGAGUUCCUGGUGGCCAUGACGGGCAACAGCCUGGCCCUGUACCGCUUCAGCACACAGGAGCAGCGCCCCUGGCACCCAGCCGUGGUAUUCUCAGCCCAGUUGGCAAUCAGCGACUUGUUGCAUGCCCUGACCCUGCCCCCACUGGCUGCCUACUUUUACCCACCCAAGCGCUGGCAGUACGGGGAGGCCGCGUGCCGCCUGGAGCGCUUCCUCUUUAUCUGCAAUAUGCAGGGCAGCAUUAUCUUCAUCACCUGCAUCAGCCUCAACCGCUACCUGGGGGUCGUCCACCCCUUCUUCACCCGUAGUCACCUUCGGCCCAAACACGCCUGGGCCGUCAGUGCCGCUGGCUGGGCCCUGGCAGCCCUGCUUGCUGCACCCACGCUCAGCUUCUCCCACAUCAAGGGGAAUUACACUAAGGACAGGCUGGAGGACUAUGUCAAGUGCCUGGGGACAGCAGAGAUCAAUCGGCUGGAGAGCUACAGGGUCUACAGCCUGGUGCUGGCAAGCCUGGGCUGUGGCCUGCCGCUGCUGCUCACCCUGGCAGCCUACAGUGCGUUGGGCCGGGCUGUGCUGCACAGCCACAGCAUGAAAGCCUCUGAGAAGCUGCAGGUGGCAGUGCUGGUGGCCAGUGGCGUGGCCCUCUACGCCAGUUCCUAUGCACCCUACCACGUCAUGCGGGUGCUCAACGUGUACGCCCGGCAGCGCUGGAACGCCCAAUGCCCAAACUUUGCAAAUGAGGCCCAGGCAAAGGCGGCACUGGACCAGAGGGCCUACAUGGGCUACCAGGUCAUGAGGGGCCUCAUGCCCCUGGCCAUCUGCAUCCACCCGCUGCUCUACAUGGCCGUGGUGCCCAGCCUGGGCUGCUGCUGCCAACGCUGCCCUGGCUGCAAAGAGGACAGGGAAUCAGGGGUCCCUGAGAGCCUCAGCCAAGCCCUGCCACUCGAUGUCACAGCCACCCCCAAGACCUCGGAGCCCUGGUCCUCUGAGCCAACCCGAUGACCUGGCCUAUCUCGAGCCGCCGCCUCACUGCAAGGUGCUGGGACUCGGCAGCUGAAAGAGGACCGAGAGCACAGCAGAGCCCGGGCUGCUACUUCCCCCAAACAAAGACCUGUGGUCAGGCACGUGGUACUGGCUAGAGCCGAGGCCAGAGCAGCUGGUUUCCUGCUCAGCCCUCAGCACAGGCCCUGGGUAGAGAGCAAAUGGGUGCUGCGGGGGGCUGGCUGCACCCACUGCGAGAAGGAGGGGGCUGACCCUACCCACUGUGAGGGGCAGGCCCAGCAACCAUAGGGUGUGGAAAGUGAAAAUAAAUGGAGCAUGUGAAGGGUGAU